AAUUCCUAAUUUCACACUUCUAAAACAAACUCCAACGACACACACUUUAUUGUAUUAUUUUUUUAUUUAUUAUAAUUAAAAACCAAUCCAUGAAUGAAUUUUUGUUCUGUAUAUCCCAUUAUUAUCAAUUACACUUGGCUUUAUUUGAUCUCUGAUGCAAAAGCAAAACCAUUUGUCAUAUUCCUGCUUAUAUAAUAUCUACCCCUCCCCCAGUUCUCUUCUAUUACGCGUUCAUAUCUUUGUCUCCCUUAGAUUACGAACGCGUUCUACUUUCUUAGCUCUUCAAAAAUGAACAGAACCUAAUCCAGUGAUCAAAUAUUUUUUAAUUUUUAUCUUCUAUAAUAAGUCCUUGUAACUUUGUUCAAUCACUCUACACUUGUCCAAGAUAGCAACGCGUGUCGAAUAAUCACAUUGCAUAGCGAAAUUCACAUUCCUUUUCAUUUUAUUAAUGAAUGAUAAAGUUGAGUUCAAGAAAAAAGAAGGAUAAAAGAGUAAAUUCGAAUAUUCUGGCGUGUUGUUUUGUGUGAUCAUUCAAUGAACGAUAUUCCGAAGCACGAGCGCCGUUGGGCGUCAGACACCAUUCCUGGAAAAGUAACAGUCAGCGCCGGAACAUCGCCGGGAACUGAGUCAAGCUCCGCCGGCGAUGAGUUUGUCGAGGUAACUCUUGAUCUUCGAGACGAUGACACCAUCGUUCUUCGCAGUGUUGAGCCAGCUAAUGUUAUUUCUAUCGACGAUAGCGUCGCCGGAAGCGGUUACGAAACUCCGGUGUCUGUUCCGAGGUCGCCGUCGAUUCGGAGAAACUCGUCGAGAGGCUUCCGGCAAUUCUCUCAGGAACUGAAAGCAGAGGCGGUUGCUAAGGCCAAACACUUCUCGCAGGAGCUACGGCGGUUCUCGUGGAGUCACGGCCAAGCUUCGCGUGCCUUUUCAUCUUCCUCCGCUCAAACCGGCGCCGGCGGUUCUGCCGGCGGUGGAUUUGAAACGGCGUUGGCCGCUCGAGCUUUGAGGAAGCAACGAGCGCAACUCGAUCGCACUCGCUCCGGUGCUCAUAAAGCACUCCGUGGUUUGAAAUUCAUCAGCAGUGCCAGUAAAUCGAAUGGCGUUGAUGCGUGGAACGAAGUGCAGAAGAAUUUCGAUAGGCUUGCUAAAGACGGUUUUCUCCAUCGCAUCGAUUUCGGUCAAUGCAUAGGUAUGAAAGAUUCAAAGGAAUUCGCUCUGGAACUCUUUGAUGCUCUAGGUCGUAAACGAAGGUUGAAGGUUGAUAAGAUCAAUAAGGAAGAACUUUUCGAAUUCUGGUCGCAAAUUACGGAUCAAAGUUUUGAUUCACGACUCCAGAUCUUCUUCGACAUGGUGGACAAGAAUGAAGAUGGAAGAAUCACCGAAGAAGAAGUGAAAGAGAUCAUCAUGUUAAGCGCUUCUGCAAAUAAGUUAUCCAGAUUGAAGGAGCAGGCCGAAGAAUAUGCAGCUCUGAUCAUGGAAGAGUUAGACCCCGAAAGACUUGGCUACAUCGAGUUAUGGCAGCUGGAGACACUUCUUUUACAAAAGGACACGUAUCUCAACUACAGCCAAGCUCUAAGCUAUACAAGCCAAGCAUUGAGCCAGAACCUACAGGGGCUAAGAAAGAAAAGUCCUAUACAUAGGAUGAGCCGCAGAUUUCUUUACUAUUUGCAAGAGAAUUGGAAGAGACUUUGGCUUUUAACAUUGUGGGUUUGCAUAAUGAUUGGGCUCUUCACGUGGAAGUUUAUUCAGUACAAGAAAAAGGAUGUUUUUCAUAUCAUGGGUUACUGUCUUCUCACAGCCAAAGGUGCGGCCGAGACCCUGAAGUUCAACAUGGCACUUAUUCUCUUGCCCGUCUGUAGAAACACCAUAACUUGGCUCAGGUCUACCAAGCUUUCUUAUGUUGUACCUUUUGAUGACAACAUCAACUUCCAUAAGACAAUUGCUGGGGCAAUUGUGAUUGGUGUUAUACUUCAUGUUGGGGAUCACCUUGCUUGUGAUUUUCCAAGACUUGUAAGUUCGUCUGAAGCUGAUUAUCAGAAGUAUUUGAAAGGUGUAUUUGGUCGUCAAAAACCCAAUUACGGAGACAUAAUUAAAGGGGUUGAGGCUGUGACUGGAAUUUUGAUGGUUACUUUGAUGGCAAUAGCAUUUAUCCUCGCAACAACAUGGUUCAGAAGAAAUCUCAUUAAGCUGCCUAAACCAUUUAAUAAGCUCACUGGCUUCAAUGCCUUCUGGUAUUCACACCAUCUGUUUGUCAUUGUCUAUGUCCUCCUCAUCGUUCACGGUGUAAAACUUUACCUAGUGCACAAAUGGCACUUGAAAACGACAUGGAUGUAUCUCGCGGUUCCAGUUUUACUCUAUGCAUCAGAAAGAACGCUGAGAUUAUUUCGUUCUGGUUUUUAUACAGUACGUCUAAUAAAGGUUGCUAUUUAUCCUGGAAAUGUUCUCACAUUGCAAAUGUCUAAGCCUCCUCAAUUUCGCUACAAGAGCGGACAAUACAUGUUUGUACAGUGUCCCGCUGUUUCUCCGUUUGAGUGGCAUCCAUUUUCUAUUACAUCAUCCCCUGGGGAUGACUAUCUGAGUGUUCACAUUCGGCAACUGGGUGACUGGACUCAGGAACUUAAAAGGGUAUUUUCUGAGGCUUGUGAGCCUCCUGUGUCUGGGAGGAGUGGCCUUCUCAGGGCUGAUGAAACGACAAAGAAAAGUUUGCCGAAGUUAAAGAUAGAUGGACCUUACGGAGCGCCAGCUCAAGACUAUAGAAAAUAUGACGUCUUGUUGCUGGUCGGUCUCGGUAUAGGAGCAACUCCUUUCAUCAGCAUUCUGAAAGAUCUUCUCAACAACAUUAUCAAAAUGGAGGAGCUGGCGGAUUCUGUCUCUGAUACAAGUAGAGGAUCAGACCUUAGCGUUGGGAGUACUGAUUCACCAUCUCUUAACAAAAUUGCUCCAAAAAGGAAGAAAAUACUGAAGACUACCAAUGCUUAUUUCUACUGGGUUACAAGAGAGCAAGGCUCUUUUGAUUGGUUCAAAGGAGUCAUGAAUGAAGUGGCUGAGCUUGAUCAAAGGGGUGUCAUUGAGAUGCACAACUACUUGACUAGCGUUUAUGAGGAAGGAGAUGCAAGAUCUGCACUCAUCACCAUGGUUCAAGCCCUUAACCAUGCCAAAAAUGGAGUUGAUAUUGUUUCCGGAACCAGGGUACGAACACAUUUUGCUAGGCCUAAUUGGAAGAAGGUUUUCUCUAAAAUGUGUUCCAAGCACUAUAGUGGACGAAUAGGGGUAUUUUACUGUGGCGCACCAGUUUUGGCCAAAGAACUUAACAAGCUAUGUUAUGAGUUCAAUGAAAAGGGUCCAACAAAAUUUGAGUUCCACAAGGAGCAUUUCUAAUUCUAACUAACUAAUGUUGAUGGAGCUCUCUACUCUGUAUUUAGUUAAGACACCACGUCACAGCUGAAACCCAUUAUAGCAAAUUGGUGAGGCCUGAUUAUAUGAUUAUGUUCAAUAAGCUAAAACCUUUUUUGUAUAGAAUGUGAAGCAUCGUACAUACCAGACAACAAACAUGAUUGGCAUUUCAUCAUACAUGUGGCUGCAAAGAAGCAGAGAUAUCCGCAGCCUAUGUAUCGUACAGUACACGUUGGAGACAUUGACCUAAUUGGAAGCCACAUUGAUUAUUGCAGAUAGAUCCGCAGUGAAUUGAAAUGCACAAUUUUGAGGAUAAAAAGGUAAGGGUAUACAAGGGAUUGAGUACUUUUUCAGAUUAAUUUCCUCAUUUUUCUUUUAGUAAAUUCGAGGAAUUCCAGAAAAUGGGGGUGCAAAAGGUGACUCACCCUGGGAUCUUCAUGUAAAGGAGAAUGAGUGCUUGCUUUAGACUCUCUCUCGACAGAACCCUGACUUUUUUGUUUGGCUUUUUUAUUCAGGAAGGGUCUAUAUGUAUGUAAAUGAGACUAAUAUAGUGUUUUCUUUUAUCAAGGUAACCACUAGUGUUAUCAUUUUAUAUAUCUUGUAUCAUACACAUUAUGGAUAGAUAGUAAAGAAUGCAAAUUAAACAACUGAGUUGAUGCACUAUUGAUGUGCUCUUCUGGUUAAAUA